AUGGCAUCAUCUUCCCGAAAUAAUAUCGACGAUAUGAUGGAUCAACAAUUUGAGGAAAAAUGGGAUGGAUUUUUUGACCAAGCGUUUGAAAAUCUUAUGCGUCAAAGUGGUGCUCCUCAACCUAAACCCAAGAAAAAAAAAGCAUAUAUUGAUAGAGAUCGAGAAGAAGGGCAUAUUCGUUUAUGGAACGACUACUUCCGUGAAGAUGCAAUCUAUCCUGAUCAUCUAUUCCGGCGUCGUUUUAGAAUGAACAAACCCUUGUUCAUGAAUAUUGUUGAUCGCCUCUCCAAUGAAGUUCCUUUCUUUAAACAAAAAAGAGAUGCUACCGGAAGACUCGGACUCUCUGCAUUACAGAAGUCUACUGCAGCAAUUCGUAUGAUGGCAUAUGGUUGUGCGGCUGAUGCAGUUGACGAAUACCUCCGCCUAGGUGAGAGUACUGCAAUCUCAUGCUUGGAAAAUUUUGUGGAAGGAAUCAAAUAUUUGUUCGGAGAUGAAUUCCUCAGAAGACCGACACCAGAAGAUCAUCAACGACUGCUUGAUGAUGGAGAGUCCCGUGGAUUUCCCGGGAUGAUAGGAAACAUUGAUUGCAUGCAUUGGGAGUGGAAGAAUUGUCCCACGGCUUGGAAAGGGCAAUACACACGUGGUACUUUAAAUGAUAUCAAUGUUCUUGAACGCUCACCGGUUUUUGAUGAUGUAUUACAAGGCAAAGCUCCAAAAGUGAAGUACAUUGUUAACGGGCAUCAGUAUCGUUUGGCGUACUAUCUCACCGAUGGAAUUUAUCUAAAAUGGGCAACAUUUGUCCGAUCCUUUACUCAUCCAGAAGGUGAAAAGGCAAAAUUGUUUGCUAAAUGUCAAGAAUCUGUCCGUAAAGAUGUUGAGCGUGCUUUUGGAGUCUUGCAAGCUCGUUUUGCUAUUGUCAAAAAUCCAGCUCUUAUUUGGGAUAAAGUAAAAAUUGGAAAGAUCAUGCGAGCAUGUAUAAUACUUCACAACAUGAUAGUUCAAGAUGAACGGAAUGGGUACAUUCGUUUUAAUGUUGAAGAAUUCACACAAGUAGAGGCAAACAGAACAUCACAAGUGGAUUUAUCAUAUGAAACAGAUAUGCCGUCAAAUAUCAAUAAUUUGAUGGGCAUUCGAGACGAUGUUCGUGAUCGAAGGACGCAUGAACGAUUAAAAAUGAUUUAG